AUGUCAGCAACAAUCAACAAGGUUCAACAUUCACAACAAUUAUAUCGACCAAAACUCAAAACUUCAUUUUCCAACCCAUUCCCAUUCAAAAGUGUUUUUCAUGAAUCACCAAAGUGUCAAUCAACAACAUUUCACAUUCCUCAAGAAGAAGACGAAAAUUCGUUUUCAAAACCGAUCAACAAAAAUAACAUGUCAAAAUCAAAUACUUUCUCAUCAUUCUCAUCGAUAUUUUCGAAUUCGAGGUCCAAUAAAUUCUUUAACCGCCGCCGUUCAGAAGUUUAUGGAGAAAAAGAUGAAUUUACCAAUGGAUGUUUUGGUUCCCUGAGCACUUUAGGUUCAAAAAUACGGUAUAAAUUGCAUAAUACUUGGUUCUUAGUUAAAACGAAAUGUAAAAGGAGAAUUCAUAAGAAAAGAUCAAUCAAAGAUGAAUGGAGUUCCAAAGCCAGAACAUUAAAUCAAUUAUAA